AUGGCGGAGCUGCAUCCCCGCACCGGGAAACUGGUCACUCUUAGCAAUGGGAAUCGCACGGCGACCCGAAAGCAGCCGGCCCAGGAGUUCAACCAAGGCCUGGUGCUUAGCGCGAGGCCUCUGGGCCCCGGGGAAGUGUUUACUGUCCGGCUGGACCGUAAGAUGAACUCGUGGAGCGGCUCCAUGGAGAUCGGGUUGACUGCGCUGGAUCCUUCUCUCCUGGACUUUCCCAGCAGCGCCACGGGCCUGAAGGGCGGCGCGUGGAUCGUGUCCGGGUGCUCGGUGCUGGAGGACGGCCGCUCCAUCCUGGAGGAAUACGGCCAGGACCUGGACCAGCUGGGGGAGGGAGACCGCGUCGGGGUCCAGCGCACGCUGUCUGGGGAGCUCCAUCUCUGGGUGAACGGCAGAGACUGUGGAGCUGCGGCAUCCGGCAUCCCGCCACGCGUCUGGGCUGUCGUGGACCUCUAUGGGAAGUGUACGCAGGUCACGGCCUUGUCUUGUCAGCCCCCUCCGGAGGACGAGGAGGAAGAGCCAGAGGACGUGGAAGGAGGUGUUCUCGUGGCUCUCGGACACUCUCGCCCUGAUAAAUUCCCCAGCAGCCUUGACACUGGGAAUGGGUUUCCCAGCACAGAGCUCUCGGCCGUGGUCAGUAACGCCAUCCUGUCGGCGUAUCACGGAAGCCUUCUGAGCGUCAGUCUGGGCUCCCCGACGCCCUCCGCGGAGCGCUCUCCCCCCACCUCCAACGACGCUCUGCUUUUCCACGAGAAGUGCGGGACUCUCAUCAAGCUCAGCAACGGAAACAAGACGGCCGAAAGGAGGAGACCGCUUGACGAGUUCAACAAUGGGGUGGUAAUGACCAACCGGCCGCUGCGGGACUGCGAGAUGUUUGAGAUCCGGAUCGAUAAGCUGGUGGAUAAGUGGUCGGGGUCCAUAGAGAUUGGAGUCACCACCCACAACCCCAACAGCCUGGAAUACCCCGCCACCAUGACCAACCUGCGCUCAGGUACGAUUAUGAUGAGCGGCUGCGGGAUUUUGACUAACGGGAAGGGGACGCGCCGCGAGUACUGCGAGUUCAGCCUGGAUGAGUUACAGGAGGGCGACCACAUCGGCCUGACCCGGAAAUCCAGCGGGGCGCUGCACUUCUACAUCAACGGCAUGGACCAGGGUGUGGCCUCCGCUCAGACUCCCCCCGUGGUUUAUGGCGUGGUUGAUCUGUACGGUAUGGCCGUGAAGGUCACCAUCGUCCACAACCAUAACCACGCCGACCGCCUCCGACGGAACAACGCCAUCCUGCGUGCCCGCUCCCCCGACGCUGGGCGGCGGAACUCGUCUCCUGAACCCGGGCAGCUGCUUUUCCAUCCAAACUGCGGCCAGAAAGCAUCAAUUACCAACGGGGGCCACACGGCUCUCCGGCCUCACGCCACGGACGACUUCAACCACGGGGUGGUCCUCAGCAAUCGGCCCCUGCACAAUAAUGAAGUGUUCCAGGUCCGGAUCGACAAGAUGGUGGACAAGUGGGCGGGAUCUAUCGAGAUUGGAGUCACCACCCAUAACCCAGCGUACUUACAGCUGCCGUCCACCAUGACCAACCUGCGCUCCGGAACCUGGAUGAUGACUGGAAACGGGGUCAUGCACAACGGGACCACCAUUCUGGACGAGUACGGCCACAACCUCGACCGGCUUAAGGCGGGGGACACGGUCGGGGUGGUGCGGCGGGAUGACGGGACGCUGAAUUUCUUUGUGAAUGGUGUGGCGCAGGGCGUGGCGGCGUGGAACGUGCCCCCCAACGUGUUUGCCGUGGUGGAUCUGUACGGACAGGCCGCUCAGGCCACCAUAGUAGAUGAGGCAGACAGUCUUCCUCUCCCCGCCGACGAGGACGAGGCUCUGAGUCCGGGGACACCCUGCGCGCUGCAGUCUCUCUCCGACCUCCGCUUCCAUCACCUGCACGGCAGCAACGCUCUGAUCACCAACGGCGGCCGCACGGCUCUGAGGAACAAUUCCCGCAGCGAGUUCAACGACGCCAUCGUCAUGUCGAACCGGCCUCUGAGAGACGGGGAGCUGUUUGAGAUCGUCAUACAGAAGAUGGUGGACCGUUGGUCGGGCUCUAUAGAGGCCGGAGUCACGGCCAUCCGCCCCGAGGACCUGGAGUUUCCAAACACCAUGACGGACAUUGAUUAUGACACGUGGAUGCUGAGCGGCACGGCGAUCAUGCAGGAUGGGAACACGCUGCGGAAUAACUACGGCUGCGACCUGGACUCCCUGGGCAGCGGAUCCAGGAUCGGGAUGAUGAAGACCGCCAGGGGGGAUCUGCAUUACUACAUCAACGGGGAGGAUCAGGGGGUGGCCUGCACGGGGCUGCCUCCCGGCAGAGAUAUAUACGCCGUGAUAGACCUCUAUGGCCAGUGUGUCCAGGUCUCCGUGACGGGGGGCAGCGGUCUGAUAGAUAACAGCCUGUCCGUGAGCCACGUGACCGACAAGUCCUUCCCCACCCCGUCCCCAGUCCCCGGCGUGUCUCACAGGUUCCAUGCCGUCUGCGGGAAGAACGUGUCCAUUGUGUGUGACGGGACGCGGGCCGAGCGCAGCGCCGGGUACACCGAUGGAGUCGUGUUCAGCAGCAGUGAACUCCUCGCCAACGAGACGUUUGAGGUCAGAGUGGAGCGAGUAGACCCCGAGUGGUCCGGAUCCUGUCACAUCGGAGCCACGUCGCUCCCCCCUCACGACGCUCCAUUUCUGGGCAGCGGGCUUCCGGCUCGGGCCCUCGACCUGCGUUCCCGGGUCACGUGGUUGGUGUCGGGUUCAGAGGUCACGAGGAACGGGCAGCGUCUUCGGGAGAAUUAUUGCAGCAACUUAGAAAGGAUUCAGGUUGGCAGCAGGUUGGGUGUUCGCCGUGACAGCGAUGACACGCUACAUAUCCUGAUAAACGGAGAGGACAUGGGGCCGGCGGCUUGUGGGAUCCCCAAGGCUGUAUACGCUGUGCUGGAUUUGCACGGCUUCGUCACCGCGGUCUCCGUGGUCAGCUCCUCCGUGCUCGAGGAAUCCGACGCCACCAAACCGCCAUCCGUGACCUCGGAGAGCGAGGAGGAAGAGGAGGCAGCCUGUCCCGGUGAUGUCCAGUCGCACUCCGUACACUUCAUGGCGAAUCACGGGAAGAACAUCCUCCUGUCACGCGGGAAUCGCACCGCCACGCGGGUGUCCAGCUACAACCAGGGGAUCGUCGUGCUGACUCCGCCCCUUCCCCGCCUCUCCCUCUUCCAGGUGAGAAUCGAUCAGCUGUCCCCCCGCUGGACGUCGUCUCUGUCGCUCGGGGUUAUCGGGGCUUCGCCAGAAAGACUGAACUUCCCUGCGACGGCAGCGGCCAUAAAACGGAACGCGUGGCUCUUCCAGCGGAGCGCGGUGCUCUGCAACGGGGCCAAGAUCCGUGACGGUUAUGGGCCGAACCUGGACCUCUGCCCCGAGGGGACGUGUCUGGGGCUCCUGCGGGACUCGGCGGGUGGGCUGCACCUCUAUGUGAACGGACUGGAUCAGGGGGUCGGCGUCCAGGACCUUCCCGAUCCCUGCUACGUGCUGCUGGACCUGUACGGGCAAUGUGAGCAGGUUUCCAUUGUAACCGGGGAAAUACCGGGGGCUUCCUCGGACCCUCAUGAGGGGCAGCUUCCUGGGGAGAGAGAGAAGGCGGACAUGGUGGAUGGUGUGAAGGAGAGUCUGUGCCGGGUCCCCCCGGAUCCCCUGGCCCUGCGCAGCUGUGAAUAUCUGGCUCUCUGCACGCGGUUCAAGGACCUUCUGCUUCUCCCAGACGGCUAUUUCCUGGAGUCCAAGCUGUGGGUUUGUUACUGCGAUGCCUGUCACAAGCUGCGAGGGGACGACGUGUACAAGAAGAGAGGGGACCCCCCGCGAGACUACGCCGAGCCCAGCGGCUGGUGCAGCUUCCCGCUCCGGCUUAACCCUCGAUUGUCUUGCACUCAGUAUAAGAAGUGGCACAUUGCCUAUCAGGGGAGCAGCGCUGGUGGAGUGAGGAGGACGCUGGACCGAGGAGACCUGCUUCCCGGUUCCUCCUGUAUUCUGACCGCGGUACCCGGAAAGAGCGACCCGCAGAGCGGCUUCCCGGCGGCAGAGCCCAACGUGAUGCCGACCCGCGAGGUACAGAACGCCGUCCUGUCACCGACACUGAGAUACGCCGGGGGCGCCGAGCUCUGCCCCAAAGUCCAGUUCCGAGACCCGCGAUCGCAGAGGAUAUUCGGGGCCCAGGUGGCCCUCCAGGUUUGCUUACGGCCGGGAUCGUAUAAGGUGGGGCCCCCAUCUGCAGGACCCCCUGAUCUUAUGGACCCAAAAAUUCCCAAUUCAGAAAUUGAGUGGUUGACGAAGGAGAAGGGGGCCACCGUCCUGCGGAGCCUUUUGGUGCGAGUGGAGUGAAGAAGAAGAAAGCUGCUGCCGGCACACAGAGGGAGGGGCAGGGGGCAUCUGUGGGCAGGGGGCAUCCGUGCCACGUUUGGGGAGGCUUUUUUGCCCCUGUUAUUCCAUCUCCCCUUCAUUCAUUUUGCCUUUCAAACUUGACCCCCCCCCCGACCAGUCGUCAUCCCCCCCAUCCCCCCCCGAUUAAUUUAUUAAACCGAUGACGCAUUCUGGGGGUAUUUGUUGUAAUGUGAACAGGGGGGGCAUUUCUCUCCCUGCUGAUUUUGGGGUCCGUGCCCCCGGAUGUUUUAUUUAAGCUGCUGUUUAUUUCUCUUGAUUUGUACAUUGAGUUUAUUUUUUUUAAUACAUAAAUUUCUUGUACAGAAAA